AAAGUGGCAUUAAACCCAACUCACUCACUCCUCUGGACAUGAAAAUAGAUUCCGGGGUAAAUCCCUGGGAUUAAGUAACAUAAAUAAUUUACAUGAUAAUUUGGUUGAAAUAUAUGUUAAAAGAAGCAUAGUCCAGAGAAACCAUGGUAACUCAUCAUGAUCCUCCAACAUACUUGGUAACGUAAUAGUAUCUCUGUAGAUAAACUGAAUUCAUGAAUUCAACACAUGGCCCCUCUAUCGCCUCUAUGAACGUGAUAAGUGUGACGUGCAUCAUCAACAGCUGUGCACAUGGGACAUCGCUCACUUAAUAACAUGUCAACAGCUUGCUGCUGAUGAGGUCAAAGUUCAAGUUGAUAGCUAGAUACACAAGUCGACAACAACAUGGUUUGACCUGUUUAGUGAUGCUGUUUGACAUCAGUAUGUUGAAUUGUACCACGGAGUGAAGCCCCAAAUCAGAUAUCAAGAUUGCUAAACCAUAGCACUAUGGAAGAUGGAAAGAAACGUAUACGUCAGAGAAAAUCGGAGAGCAAUACAAACGGUGAUGUAGAUACACCGACAUCUUCCACAGGCUCCACUACAGACAUGAAGACGCUACGGGAACAAGAACGACAAGAACGGGAACAUCUGGUGUUAUGGAAGAAACCUUUGUUAACACUUUUCUAUUUUGUCUUCGAAUCUGGAUGUCUGAUUAAUUCUUUGAUUUUAAGGUUGUGGAGGAGGAAGAGGAUUGUCCUGGCUGUGCUUGUACUGACUGCUAUCCUCACCAUUCUCUAUAACGUAGAGGGAGCUCACCAGCCAAUGGUGAUGUUUAUAAGGAAGCACCUGCUGUGGUGUGGCUACUGGAUGGGCCUGGGUAUUCUCUCAUCAGUUGGACUGGGCACAGGGCUUCACACAUUCCUCCUCUAUCUGGGUCCACACAUAGCGUCCGUGACGCUUGCUGCUUUUGAGUGUAUGUCUGUGGACUUUCCUGAACCUCCCUACCCAAACUCGAUCAUCUGUCCGGAACAGGAGGAGGAGUACAUGACACUCUGGACCAUCAUGAGCAAAGUCAGGGUAGAAGCUGUCAUGUGGGGAGCGGGUACUGCUAUUGGAGAGUUGCCUCCCUACUUCAUGGCGAGAGCAGCCAGAUUGUCCGGGGCCGACCUGGAGGAGGAUGAGUUCGAGGAGAUCGAGGAGUUGAUUCAUGAGAAACAAGCAAACCCAGAUGAAUUGGGAUUCAUGGAGAAGGCUAAGUUAUCAGUUCACAAUCUCGUACAGAGAGUUGGCUUCUUUGGGAUUUUAGCCUGUGCUUCGAUCCCAAACCCGCUGUUUGACCUGGCAGGCAUCACCUGCGGUCAUUUCCUCAUUCCAUUCUGGACAUUCUUUGGGGCAACACUUAUAGGGAAAGCCAUUAUUAAAAUGCAUAUACAGAAAUUAUUUGUUAUUUUCCUGUUUAGCAAACAACAUGUGGAAAGUAUAGUGAGAUUAUUAGGGAGUAUACCAAUGGUGGGGAUGUCGCUGCAGACGCCGUUCGCCAAGUGGUUGGAGCACCAGAAACAGAAGUUGCAUCACAAGAUGGGCACAGGGGCACCAUCGGACACCAACGUGUUGUCAUGGAUAUUCGAGAAGGUGGUGAUUGUGAUGGUGAUAUACUUUGUGUUGUCUAUAGUCAACUCUAUGGCACAGAGUUACCACAAGAGACUCAGCAGGGCUAAACACACAGUCAUGAACAAGACCAAAGUCAGCCUGGAGUAGACACCACCACACCACACAUAUUAUGUCAGUAAAAAUCAUGAACUAAUAUUAAGAAACCAAUUUCUCACAAAGUGGAUUUACUAUUUAUCUUUUACUGCUUGUUGUUUGGGUCUUAAUGUAUAAAUCAAAACUAUUUCCCUAUUUGAUGCUUUCAAGUGGUCUUAUAAUCUAAAAAGCGGGAACACUGAUAUGAAAUUUCAAGCACCUAUUUAUUAGAUCAGAAUAUUUAAUAUGAACUAUUGUUUGUAAGUGGUGUUUUUUUUUCAUUUCUUUCAAAUGAAAUGGAACGGAAUAGUUGAUUAUGCUGGUAAAAAAAAGUGAGGGGUCAUGAAAUAUUUUUGUAUGCCAUACACUAUGAAGAAAUAUUCAUGAUCCCUAACUAUUUUUGUUUGGUGAAAGUUAAUGAAAGUGACAUGAAAGCCUUGUGUGGCUUGUGUAGUAACCACAACAAUCACAAUGGUAGACAGGGUCACUUUAGGAUAGAAAAUGGCAGCAAUAACCAGGGAAUAGCUUGGCCACAUUUGUAAAUAUCAUCCGGCAGGUUUCUCUCUGAUGUCUGGAUAAAUGGGGUCUGAUGUCUGGAUAAAUGGGUCUCUCUGUAAGCAGAAUUAACAUGUUUAAUGAUAGGGAUAAAAUAUAAGACUUUUAAUAUUUUAUCAGUUUACGAAUUUGACCACCGGAGCCAAAAUUUGCGAUAAAAAAUAUAAAAUAAUGAUAGUUUUAUAAAUUUGUGUUUUUUCCCCCGACUGCUUCAAUUUUUAUGGAUAUACAAAAAUAACAAGAUACUAGUACAGGAUACAAAGUAACAAAAAACAGUUUAGAUAAUUGAUAGGGUGCAUUGUAUGUACCCUAGUCGUAUCUUGCCACUGCAAACCUCUGGUAAACCAAACAAGCUUCUCAGAAGUAAACUCAUAUGCUACUCAUAAGGCAACAUUUUUUUCAUUACUUGGUUUACGGAUGUGCUGCUCUUUUAAAGUCCAAAUGUUGGAAAAAAAAAAAAAUACAAAUCACUCCGUUUUUUAUUACCCCCGAUCUUUACUUUAAAGUAUACAUAAAAA